AUGUCCCUGCACAAGACAGUUCGCGCAAGAACCUCCAGGAAUUGUGGGAAUUGCCGGGCUGUCAAGAGACGCUGCGAUCAGCAGCGUCCCCAUUGCGGACAGUGCGUUCGCAUGCGUGAAACAUGCCCCGGGUACCGCGAUGAGUGGGAUCUGGUCUUCCGCGACCAGACAGACCAAACCAUCAAACGUACUAAGGAGAAAAGGGCUAUGAGCGCGAUCACAGCUAGGGCUAAUGAUGUGCCGCCCCCAGCCCGUGAGCUGAGCCCUAAUCCUGACGAGAUUGGCAUCAAUUAUUUUCUCCGCAAUUUUGUCCUUGGCAGCCAGUCUUCUUCCCGUGGAUAUUUGAACUAUAUUCCAUCUGUCUAUGUGAACGACGGAGAGCAUCCAACGCUAGUGGCUAGCUUAGCAGCCGUGGGCCUUGUGGCGUUGGCUAAUUCAACUCAACAGCCUGAGCUGGUUAACCAUGCGCGCGCCAAAUACUUGGAGGCGAUACGCAAUGUUAACACAGCGCUCGCAUCACCUUCCGAGUCUAUCAAAGACAGCACGUUGAUGUCGGUGAUUUCGUUGGGUAUGUUUGAGCAAGUCUCCGGUUUUGAAACCUGGGUUCGACACGUCGAAGGUGCUGCAGCGCUAUUGGUUGCCCGGGGUAAGAGUCAAUUCUCUAGCCCGGUUACAAUUCGCAUGUUCAGUCAAGUACGCGCCGAUCUGGUGAUUGCCAGUCUCCAUGGCACUAAGCCAAUUCCCAGAGAUAUGCUUGAAUUGCAGGAAGAAGCAGCUAAGCAUACUGAUACUUCUAGUGCGUUCUGGCAAAUAGGGAUCUUAGGCACCCGGUGUGCCAAUCUGCUUUUCGCCCUUAGAUCAAGUAUGGGGGGAGGCCGUUCUGCUGAAUUUCUGGAAGAAGCCACAUCGAUUGAGCGUGACUUUGAGCAUACAGUUGAGAACCUUGCCAUAGAAGAACCUUACACAACGACUCAGGAACCUAGUGGAGAUCCAAGCAUCAUUUUCAAAGGCCGAGUUGACCGCUAUAGAGACAUCUGGGCGAUCAGGGUCUGGAACAACGCACGAAACUUGCACAUGAUCCUCUGCGAGAUGAUAUGUUACCUCUUGAACGACCUUCUCGGUCAAGAUCUUGCAUUGACCCUCCACAGCGGUAUGAACAAUAGACUCCAGGAGACGCUACAAACAUUAUCCAAGCUAGGAAACGACUUUCUCGCAACCAUUCCCCAGGCUAUGGAGUUGUCAUCUUCGCCAUCUGAUCCUCGCCCGUCCCUCGAUCUCUCCUUCCGCGGCAACAUCUCGGGUGGUUAUAUGCUGACUUGGAGUCUCUACAUGGUAGGGAAGUGCGCAGUCACGACCAAGGAGACCCGGAAGUGGAUCAUCCAGCGUCUUCAGAGCAUUGGUAGCAACGCGGGUACCUCGGUCGCGCUGCAGCUGGUCAAGGAUAUCAUCAAAAUAGACCAAUUGGCUGGUUAA